AUGGCACCCAUAUCACCGUCCCCGCCUCAAUCAGGGGAUGUCGGGAAUUCAAGACCACUGGCCUACCUUAGAAAGCUCGAAGCUAAAGCCAAAGCGUAUGAUGACUCGCUUCUUCGUCAGUCUCAAGCACCAGCUCCAAUUUCUGGAAAAGCACAUCGCAUCUCAGCCGAGGAGCAUGAAGAAGAAUUCGAAGAUGGGCACCCGCUACUCGAGCCAUUCAAUCAGAUGAGCGUCCAUAAGCCCUCGACAAGUUUCAAAGGACCAGGCAAUUCGGACAAUUUCUUACGCAGCGUGAGAAACCUAUCGGGAUUUUACGGCGACGACGGCAGCUUGGACGCGAACACCAACUUUUACGAGCCCAGCGCUCUACCUUCACGGCGUGAAAAGGCGAGAACGCAGGUGCGACUGCCGCCGAUAGACAUUGCCCGACGGCUAUUUGCCGCACAGUACACCUACAUUGGAACGAUCUUUGCCUUUACAGAUCCCAAGACCAACUUUGAUCAACUACUCAUCGAAGCGUAUCGAGGCCCCCCUGAUCCUUCCGAUAGAGAAGCAUGUCUCUCCUACGCAAAAGUCCUAAUCAUACUGGCUUUUGGUCAGCUCUACUCUGUCAAUCAAUGGGUUGAUUUCAGAGGUCCGCCUGGGUUUGACUACUUCACCCACGCUUUGAAUCUAUUGCCCGAUACCCAUGAAGAGGGGUCACUGCUGUGUGUUGAGACGCUGGCGCUCAUCGGCUAUUUCAUGCAGAACAUGAACCGACGUGAUGCUGCAUUCUUAUACACCGGUAUGGCUCUUCGUAUGGCCAUCUCGCUCGGUUUGCAUCAUGAAAUCGGUCUCAGUCCGGCGCCCAACGCGUUGCAGGGUCAAGACAACAAUCCGGCAGCCUUGGAUGACGCAACACGUGAGCACCGUCGACGAGUAUGGUGGUCGGUGUAUAGCCUAGAUCGCAUCCUGACGGUCAAAUCGGGAAACCCCAUUACCAUCCAGGACGAGGACAUUGGUGUCGAUCUGCCUUCGAGACUGCUCACAGAGGCGGACUACUGCCCGGCCGUGGUGCUUCGGCAUUAUACCGAACUCUCACGGAUCCUCGGUGAGAUACAUGACACCAUUUAUCGCAAGACCAGCAAGACGGCCCCAAAAUCCGGGAAACGUUUGAUGGCUUCCGUUCAGGGCAUUGUUCUGAGCCUGUCCAAGUGGAACAACAACAUACCGGAUGAACUUCGAUUUGACCCUGCUCGGCUGAGUAUUAGCCGCGAGAGUGUCAGCACCUUUGCGCAUUACUACCAGUGCAUCAACAUGACCGCGCGACCGUUGCUCUUCCACGUUGUGCAAAAGCGGCUGCAGAAGAUCCGCGCCAGCAGCGACGCCGGGGAGAAAGAGAGAGACUGGAAAGAGGGAUUGUCGCAGACGACUGUCAGGGUCAUUGAUAUGUGCAUCGGCGCGGCGCAAGAUUCCAUCAACAUCAUGACCGUGGCUGCACAGAGAGAUCUGGUUGCAACGUACGGGUAUAUGGACGGAGAACACGUCUUCUCAGCGUCCAUUGUCCUCGUCAUGGUUUGCGUCGCUUUCCCUACCGACCAUUCCAGCAUCAUGGCGAUGAACGCCGGUCUCGAUCUCCUUCGAGGAAUGGGUGAGCGCGGCAACAGCUACAUGGGCGCCCGUUACGAACUCCUCGCCAACCUCAGAUCUGCUGUCAUGUCUGGGACCAACGCCCAAGCCGAGCCACUGCCUCCGUUCCCGACAAACUUCUCGCCAACGGAAUCGCUUUUGCCGACGGGAGGAGGAAUUGUUCCAAGUGCGCAGCCAACUGGCAGCGUACUACCGAUGAACAUUGGUGGUGACGCCCAUGGAAGUCUCAUGGUGAUGCAAGGCGGAAUGGCAGGCCAGCAGCGGAUGACGUUCCCCGUCGUCGACAACAGCUCCCUGGGCGAGCCCUUUUUCGACGAGAGUGUGAGCACGGUGAUGGACUUUGGGCUUUGGGAAGAAGGCUUUGCCGAUCCGGCGAUGGACGCGAGCUUUGACUUUUCGCAGUGGACUCACGCGGCUGGUAUGACUCAGGCUGAUGAUAGGAUGGAUGUGUGA